AUCAUCAUCUACCUUGGGGAGAUUGCAUGACCCAUAAGAUCUCCAUGGCCUUGUAGCCUAGAAGAUCAUAGUAUGUGAUAGGUCGCCACACCUCUGAGGAUGUCCUCGUCAAAAAAGCAGAAAGGACCGCCGCUUUUCCCCGCCGCACCGAGCUCUCCCAAAGCUCUGCGGUCGAUCGGGAUGACGGGUUAUCGAGCGUUCGACCAGGAUGAUAUGGAUCUUAGGGAGACCAAGCAGGAGAGAAAGGAGUUUGAUGAGGAGAUGAGAAACGGCUUGAUGACGCACUGGGAGGAGACAGAAGCUGCGGGGCAGGUCACGAGAGCUGGGGAAUCGACGGGAAGGGAAGAGGAGUUGGAGAUCGUCGACCUGAUCGAAUCGUCCGAUAGCCCUAGUCUACGGAUCGUCGAAGCUCCUCCCAAGCACCUACAACUACAGCAACAGAUGAAGAAACAGAAUACGGAACCGGCUUUGAACAGUCAACCUCAGCUUCAAGCACUGCCAGGUCGAUCCCGCACCCUUCCGGACUUAUCGACCACGACCGCUCUUGGCAUCAAACCUACCCUCACCCCUACACCCAUCCUGGACCCAGACGACCCCUUCUCAAGAUCAAACCUCUUCCACCCACACCCUCAACGUCCAGGAGGCAAACCUAGCGCAGCUAUGCUCAAACUCCUCGAAGACCAUGCCAAGUUCGAGAAGAAGGAGCUCAAGAACAAGAUGCGUGGGAGCCGGAGUAAAGUCUUUGAAGGGUGUGUGGUUGGGGUCGUUAUGAGUCAGAAGGCGUUCAAUAGUUUGAGGGAUAAGUGGAAUUUGCUACUCCUACACGGCGGAACCCCAGUAAUCCGCUACACCCCCCAAGUCACACACAUAGUCUCCGACCCAGACGUGGACGAACCCGCCUUCCUGAAAUUCCUCGGAGUUGCCAACCGGGAAGAAUUAGCAGAAGAGGUUAGAGAUAGGGGGGUUAGUUAUGAGUGGGUUUCUACUUGUAUACGGACAAGGGUCCUUCAGCCUCUCGAACCGUACUUCCUGAAGAAGAAACCCAGACCGUUUGGAAGAGGAUCUACGGAGACGAGCUUCGGCUUCGGACCUGGGUUUGGGAAUGGAUCUAUGGCUUUGGGUGUGGGUGUUGCGGGACUAGGGCCUGGCACCAUGGGGCUUGCCGGGAAGAAGAGGGAGUUGAGCGCCGUUGAAGCGAUCAGGGUUGGGAAACGGACGAGAACUACGAGAGAGAUCACACCGACUGAUUCGGACACCCAAGCUUCUCGAUCUCUUCAGCGGAUGGAACAGUUCAUCCCGGUCCAGCCUGAAUCGAUCGCGAGUAUGACGGGAAACAAGGAAGAAGAUGAUCAGUAUAAGCGGAGGUUUGGGUUGGAACCCGGCGUCCCGGCGGACCCGUUGGAUGAGAUCAUUAUGGGCGUGAAGAUGGGGACUGUGGAUAUCGAUGAUGGUGACGAGGAACCGCUUCGACCGGCUCUAGCUCCAGCAAAGCUUACGAAAAAGACGUCGACGGGUCGGACUGGCGACGAAGAUGACGGGACAGACGACGAGGAUCCGAAGCAUGUUGCCGCGAAAGGGCAGGCUCUGCGGGCGGCCGCUAGACGACAAGCUCACAAGCUACGGGCAGAGACAACAGACGGACCGCAUAAGGCUCAGCAAGAUCAUGAUGGCAAGACCGGGAGAGAUGGGCCGAACGAAGAUAUCGCGUUGGCUCUUGAGGAACUCGCCAAGCUCUAUCGCGAUGCUGUGCACAAGAACAAGUUUUCUAGAGAAUCAUACCAGAAAGUAACGAACAUCGUGCGGAACGUCCCGUACCGCAUCGAGUCGGGGAAACAAGCUCAGGAGAUUAAGGGUAUCGGCGCGCAGAUGGCGGAGAGGAUUCAAGAAUACAUUGAUCAUGGCCGCACGAUGAGGGCUGUAUUUGAGGAUACGCCCGAGACUCGCGCAAUCGCGGCCUUUGGCAAGAUUUACGGGGUCGGGCCGGCCCUAGCUCAUAGUCUAGUAGCACGAGGAGCGAGAACGCUGGACGAUUUACGAAACAAUCCCGACAAAUACGGGUUGACCGGUGGCCACAGGUUCGGCUUGGAGUUUUACGACGAUCUGAAUGAGAGAAUCCCACGAGAUGAGGUCACUGCACUCUUCGAAAGUAUCAAGCGAACAGCCCUGAAAAUCGAGCCCAGGUUGCAAAUCGACCCCAUGGGCUCUUAUCGACGAGGAGAAGAAACAUCGGGUGAUCUGGACAUUCUGAUCUCGCGUGAUCCGAGCGAUGGUGGUUCUCAUUCUGGCGUAAUUUUGAAACUCGUCAAAGAGCUCGUUGCGCAAGGUAUCAUCUGUCACACCGUUAGCACGCCCAGCGAUUGGGCAGCACUCGAAUGCAAAUGGAUGGGUACCGGUCGUCUGACUGCCACUUCGAAGUUGAGAAGAAUCGACAUCCUCGCUACCCCGCACGAGCAGUAUGGGGCCGCUCUGAUCUAUUUUACGGGAAAUGAUCGAUUCAACCGGUCUUUGAGGUAUUACGCCAAUCGCCAAGGUUAUUCCCUGAACCAGCGAGGUCUAUAUAAGGGAGUCCUGAGAGAUGCGAAUAGGGUCAAGCAAACGGAAGGCACUCUUGUCGCUAGCAAGACAGAGCAGGAUAUUUUCGACGUCCUACGGAUACGUUGGAGACCCCCUCACCUUCGUCGACCUUGAUGUUUCCUGCAAGAUGAGUCAAUGUAUCCGGACCCGCUGCAAUUGCCGACCCUGCAGCUCC